AUGAUGUUCUUGAUGUAUUGGGCUAUAGUCAUUGUGACAUUGAAUCAGCGCAGAUGUGGUUCGGUACAAUUGUUUAAGCCUGAACUGGCGCCUACAUCCGCACAUUUUGUCUCUGAGACUUCUCCAGACUCGAUUCGAACAGAAGAAGAGGUGUCGUCGUCAUUUCGUUCGGCUCGGGGAAGCAACUCCGUCAAUAGCUCACCUCAAGCUGAAGAGAAAGACGAGAUAGCUCACACCCGAUAUUCAGGUCCUGUUGAAGCAGACAAUACUCCAGCACAUCCACCGAAUGUGAGCCAGCACGCACACGAGUCUAAAAUGGCGCGUACCACUGCUGAUCCUUCGAAGGAUAACCCAGGACGUGAAAUCCGCUCUGGAGCGAGUCGAAGAAGCAAAGUACAAAGUGCAGAGCACUUGAAAUUGAAUGGACAACAAGACUCUCGCCCGAUCUUCAAUCUUGAUAGAGAUUAUCAUGAGAGUCCUCCUGUACCCAUCUAUUCAGCUCCCUCACCACAUCACCACUUCAGCGCGUACGGGGGAUUUGAUGGUAUGGGUCAUUGGUACGCCGAGCCAUAUUCGUAUUCUGGCUUUCCAAUACAGCAAUAUCCGUAUCACCAAAUGCAAUAUGGAUCUCACGUACCACCUCGCUUGGUGGACCCACUCUCCGGUAUCACAUAUGUCCCUUACUAUCCCGCCGUGCCAAUGGCAUCACCGUUCUACGUGCAUCCUCCGUCCCAUGUUCAACCUUCGAUAGUUUAUCCUGCCAUUCCAACAUACCAUACGCCCGCACCUUUCUUUUCUCCGAACUACGUCAAUUUGAUGCACUUCUGCUCAUUAAAACCCACUUUUCGAAACUUGAAGCCUCACGGCAUCAGAAAUCCGUCCACAAAUUGGCAGGCAGACCUAGGGAACCCUCAUCCGGUAGACACCUUGGAACUCCCUCUCAAUAGUGGCAAUAAGGUGUCUGCUAUGGAUACUAGAAAGCCAAGUAGAUCAUCGCGCGCGCAGGCCCAUCCCAGCUACUCUCGCCCACCUGACUCAGCCAGAGAACAGCGGUCUCAGAGAAUACCAUUGGAUGAAAAAUUGAAGCACACGAUUGUAGACAGUGAGAUUGAGUUUCCCCCGCUGCUUGGAAAGUCGAUCGCAGACCAACCUCCUGUCAGAAAACCUCAGCUCAAACAGGAAGCAGCGAGGGACAAAGGGUCUUCUCCUACUGUGGCGGACAAAUCAAGUCCUGACAUCGACAAGACCUCCGUAUCUGGUUCAAAAGAUCUUUCUGGUGGGACUCGAAACAACGAUGGGAAGCGUGAAUUAAAUCUGAACGAAGUGCUUGAUGUGUUCAGCUCUCGAUCUGAAUAUAGAAGCUUCAGAAGACCUACGUAUCCUGGAAGUGUAAAAUCACACCAGCAUGUAAAUAAAUUGAUAGCCUCUUCCAAAGAUUUUGGUGACAUCCCAAAUCGUCUCGAUGAUAGUCAGGAAUAUGCAAAGAACACAGGUUUUGGUCAAAUUGAAAAAGUGUUGAUCGGUGACAAUUGGGGCCACACUGGCGAAACGAUUAUGUCAAAUCCAAGUGGCAAAGAUUCAGAUUCUGGGGACAACAAUGAGCUGCAAAGCAGUCAGGAAAGUUUUGACAUGGAUCUGUGGAUCCGUAGACUUAAAUAUGCAAAAGGAUUCUUGACCUUCCAUACCAGAAAGGACUUAUAUGACCUGGAAAGCCCCGGAAAAUACUCGGUGUCAAAUAAUGUCGAUCUUGAGAAAACUGAACAACAGCCUCCAGAAAGUUCUACAAAAGCUGCAACAAACUCCCCUGUGUUUCCCCCAAUAAUUUCUCAAAAAGUAGAUGAAAAGAAAACACGCACUAAUUUCAACAUCCCUCAAGGAUCUGAGAUGAAAGACCAAUGUGUCAAUAAUGAGAUUCUGAAACCUCCAAUAACAGAUGUGACAAAGAAUACGGUUACUUCUUCCACAUUGAAGGAGCCUAAGCAAAGCUUAAAAGAAAACUAUGAGGUCCAAAGUAAAAGAUUUCAAAAGAUCAUAGACACUAAGACUCGCAAGCUCCCUCAUGUGGCAGCUCCUCCACAGACAAUUGUGCAAAAAGAUGCAUUCCAAAAAAGGCCCCUACUCCAGAAGGUCUCACUAGAUGCAACCAAAAAUAGGGGUGUUGAAAAGCAUAGUGGUUUCAAAAAAACUGACAACAGGCCAAACGAUUUACUUGAUCACAGCCAGAAGGAAAGUACCAAGGAAGAACCAAAGAAAACUAAUUCAAACACAAAAUCAAAAUAUAUCCAAGCAGAGAAUGAAAAAAUGAAUUUGUUAUCAGAGAUACCAGUACCUGACAAGAAGACACCUGAGAUACUUGAAAGUGAUGAUAUCAAUGGUAUCAAGGAGAAAUUUAUAGUUCCUAGUAGUAUCAAAUCAGUCAAAAUCAAGCAAGAAAAUUCUGGUGGGUGCAAGCGGAACACAAAAAAUAAAUUAGCUUCAAAACCUACAAGUAGAAACACAAAAGAUGAAGAUACAGAAACCAAACCUUCUGAAAGUCUUGCAAAGUCAAGUUAUGGGCUAUUGGAAAGGUUAACUCCCAGAUUUCAAGACCUAAAAUCAUCAAAUUAUCUUGGAGUCAUUUCACCAAUCCAAAAAGGAGUGCCUGCACUUUGGAGUCAGAUAAAAACCACUCCAGAGAUAUUCAUGCAAAGAAUGAAGGAGAUCAAGUUUUCAAAGUGGGGUCUGACAGAUAGAUUGAGUUCAGAGUCCACAAAUAUCAAUUUACCACAUGGCAAUCCACAAAAAACAAGUUCAACAGUGGGUCUUCAGUCAAAUCCUGGGCUGCUAGCAAAGUUCACCACCAAGAUUCCAGACCGAAAACUAUCAGAUUAUCUGGGACACAUGGUACCUUAUAAACAUGAGUUCAUUUCAUUUUGGUGUUGGGCCACACAGACCCCAUACCCCAUACAGAGAAGAGCAAGUGACUUUUGGUCUGAGACAGGGGUUCAAGCACAUUCUGAGGAAUUUCAUCAUCAGGAAAAAUUAGAUGGUGAACUUUUAAAGACUGAUAAGCAAGAAGCAAAUGUCAAUGAAGUUGAUGGAGUAAAGAUCGAACAUCAAAAAGAUCCCUCUGAAAGCUCUGGAAUUAUAGAUACGGAUGAUAUUGUCCGGGAUCAGGGCCAUGAAAAGGAAGUUGAUGUAGUAGAAAUCAAACAUCCAAAGGAUCUCUCUGAAAGCUCUGGAAAUAUAGACACAAAAGAUAUUGUCUGGGAUCAGGGCCAAAAAGAAUCUUCCAAUGUAAAAACCAACAAUGGUAAAGAAACAGUUCAGUCAAUUCUGGUCCAGAAGAAAGAUCCAUCACAUUCAGAUCAUAUUUCAAAAGAAAUAACAAACAAGCAAGUGGAUAUGAGUGAUGAAGAGACUGUCCAAUUUAUUUGUAGUCUUCUCAAAGUGAAGAACAAAAAGAAAUUCCUACCAAUCAAGGUAACUCAAGAAGAUUUUGAACUGGCUAAGAGAAAAUCUUUGUUGUUGGACAAGAGGAUGUUUGCUCUCAUCAGAGAUAAAUCACCAUUGAGUCUUGUUGAAUUCACAAGGAGAUCAGUUGCUUUGGAAGCUCAGAUGAAUCAAUUUGAAAUUUCAAAGAUUCUAAAUGAAAGGGGAGAUUUGAUUAACAAUAGAGCCAAGGACCUCUUAUUAAUUGCAUUUAGAAUUGAUAUACCUUGGGAAACAUUCACAAAUCUGACUAUUGAUGAAUUGAAGUACAUGAAUAAUCUGAUAGAAUACCUAUCUGGAGAGCCAAGUGAUUUAGAGGUUCUCAAAAAGGUUUUGGGGCCAGAAUUCAGAAUACGAAGGGCUAUCAUAUCAUACAUGUUGAAGCGCAAAGGUUUACCUAAGUGGUGGGAUGAAGAGAAGCUUGUAGAGGGGAGAAAACAAGGUGUAGACUUGGUCAAAGUUUUAACCAUUGGAGAUGUCUUAGAGUUUGGAAACAUGGAUAUCACUAAGACCUCACUACAAAACAAAAAGAAAGUUACAGAAAAAAUGGAAGCCUUACACAAGAGUUUUAUACUGGACAAGAGUCCUUUCCCUUGGCAUGAUUCACCUGAAAGGGCUUGGCUGCAAAGUCAACCUGAGCUUUGGAAAUUAUACCAAGACAGAUUAAGACUUGUCAUAUUGGCCUGUGAAACUCUACAAGACAACUAUCACUUUAUAUUGACUGCAGAUGAUGGUGAAACUAAUGAGGAUUCCUGGUGGCAGUUUGGGGAUUAUUUGAUGUGGAUUGAUGAAGGUAUCAAUAAGCUACCAAUGCCAGCUAUAGGUGAUUCAUUAAAUCUUGGAAAAGAUAGGGCCAAGAAUGCUAAGAUACUUAAAAGGGUAGAUUGGAAAACAAAACUACAAACUCAUGAUCCAGUAACAAGAAAGAAGAUUGAAUCUUACUUUGAGAAGAGAAGGGUAUUGAAUACUUCCAAGUUCAAAAUUGAAACACCUGUAUCUACUCUUGAAAAAAUUGGUAAUAUAUUUCGGUCUUCAAUUUCAUGGAGUUGA